AUGAAGCUUUCUCUUCCCACUCUGGCAGCUCUGGUGGCUGCCGUCUUGGCAAAGGACAAGAACACCUACCAGCCCAAGUUCUCCACCAUCUCUCCCGAUCUUACCGAGAUCGAGGCUGCCGCUGCCACUGCUGUCAGCAACCACUACACCUCUCCCAAGGUACCCGGAUGUUUCUUUGAUAACUACUACCAGAUCUGGCUCGAAAAUACCGACUAUGAGAAGGCAUUUGAGCAGGAGGAUCUUGCCUGGCUCCGAACCCAGGGAAUCACCCUGGACAACUACUGGUCUCUUACUCACCCCUCCGAGCCAAACUACGUUGGCGUUGUCGGAGGAGACUACUUUGGAAUCAACAACGAUGAUUUCUUCCGAGUCCCCUCGAAUGUGAGCACUGUUGUUGAUCUGCUUGAGUCCAAGGGCAUCUCUUGGUCCGAGUACCAAGAACACCUUCCCUACACCGGCUUUGAAGGUUUCAACUUCUCCCGACAGACUGACUAUGCCAAGGACUACGUGCGAAAGCACAACCCCCUCGUAAUCUACGACAGUGUUGUUGAGAACGAGUCUCGACUCCGAAACAUCAAGAACUUCACCGAGUUCGACCGAGACCUCAAGGCCAAGGAGCUCCCCCAAUGGACCUUCAUCACUCCUAACAUGACCAACGAUGCCCACGAUACCGAUAUAGACUGGGCUGGACGAUGGGUGGCCCGAUGGCUUAAGCCCCUUCUCAGUAACGAGGAGUUCAUGAAGAACUCUCUUGUUAUCCUUACGUUUGACGAGAACCACACCAAGCCUCUGGAGAACAAGGUACUUGCUAUCCUCUUUGGCGGAGCCGUCCCUGACCACCUCAAGGGUACCACCGACAGCACCUACUACUCUCAUUACUCUAACAUUGCCACUGUCCAGGCAAACUGGGGACUGGACCAUCUCGGGCGAUUCGAUACCGUUGCUAACCCCUUCAAACUUGUUGCUGACUCUCUAAACAUCUCUAUUGUUGACCAUGAUACCACAGGUCAGUACAAUAAUAAGUCUGUUGUCGGCUACUUCAACGACGAGCGAGUGUCUAUCCCCGCCCCCAAUGCCUCUGCUAUUGGCCUCGUCGGAAACACCAUCUUCCCUCCUAUUGCCAAGCUGUGGGGUACUGAGGGAGAUAUCCCCAAUAUCAUCAAGCCCGCUGCUGGCCAGUGUGGAAAGGUCGUUGAGGAUGUUCAGAAGCCCACUAACGUCACCCAGGAGAAGCCUUCUAACGCCACCAACCAAGAAGUUAUCAAGUCUACUGAGUCUUCCAAGGCUGGGUUUAAUUCUACUGCUUCUGUUGUCAACGUUGUCCCUGUUGUCCAUCAGACCACCACUAUUGAGGGUGCCUACGUCACUGUCUACACUUCUGACUGUCUCACCACCUCUGUUGAUGAGACUGGAAAGACUGUGACAACCCACGUCCUCAAGACAGUCACCAGUACUGUCUGUCAUAAGUGCGAGCACAACUAUGUCUCCUCUGUCGCCGCUUCUUCUGCUCCUGCCUCUUCUGCCUCUGCCUCUGCCCCUGUCCCUUCUACCACUGUCGCUGCCCAGGGAACAGUCACAAAGGUUGUUACUACUAUUAACACCACUAUUUCCAAGGUUGCAGAGUCCCAGCCUGAGUCCUCUAAGGCCGAGACAGCCGAGACUCCUACUACUAAGGCCCAGUCUGCUCCAAAGGCUGAGGUUUUUUCCAAGCCCGCUGAGUCCUCCAAGCCCGUCGAGUCCCCUAAGCCUGCCCCAGUAGUGCCUUCGAAGGCCCCUGUCGAGUCUCCCGCCGCUGAGUCCCCCAAGGCUACUCCUUCCGCCAGCAAGGCCUCUUCUCCAGCCGGAUCUGCAGUUCCUGGAACUCCUAUUGUUCCUGUGGUUCAGCCUUCCCAGGCUCAGCAAUCCACUCCUGCUGUGGCCCAAGCCAACGGAGCCGACAAGGCCACCCUCGGAGCCCUUGCUCUGCUUCCCCUUCUGUCUCUCUUCUGA